CGCGUGGUAGUGCGUUGGCCGCCCACGGGUGAUUUUUUUAUGCGCCCACGUUACGAAAAAAGAAGGCUAUGGUUCCGUUUGGUUCACGUGCGGGAACAGACAAGAGAGGGGUGGGGAAGAAGUGACUUGUGGGAUGCGGCAGGAGAGACAGAGGGGGAGAGUGGGUGAUACACAGAGUGAAACAACAGCGAGAGAAGCGGGAAAGAAACGGAGGAGAACGAUAAAAUAGCCGGUGUUACGGGAACAUUUGCGCCUGACGUUCAGCUUUUUGCGCAGACGGAGAUUCAGCGGAAAGGAAAGUUCAGAUCCCACGAACCAGCGCGUGGGAGUGGGAAGCAGGAUCGUGACUGACUGAGGCAAGCCCCACUGUCUGUCUCGUCAUGGCAGGUAAUUCAUUUUAACCAUUACACACUUUAACAACACGACAGAGCGGUGUUUUGCUGCGGGAAUGCUCCGCGGGGCUCUCUGCUCCGAGGAUUGCAGAUUUGCGUGGAAUCAGCCCAGGGUGUCAGUUUGGCUGACGGCAGCUAGCUGACAAAACUUAGCUAAUGCUAACGUUAGCCUGCGAGCAAACUCAAGUGUCAUCGCCCAUCUGGCCUGUUUGCCGGUGUUAUGGCGAAAAGUGUUACCGGAGCGUUGACCACAAGCGGGGUAUUUAUCCGCGCAUUUAGCAUAAAGGUUGUUAAAGAUUACUGUGUACAAGAUUUAAUACGCAGUAUAAAGCUCACAUUUGAUAAUUGUUGCAAAGCGUAUUUGAAAACACGGAUAUUAUCUUUGCAAUGUAGUUUCCAGUGAAGAUUUCUAUAUAUUACAUCUCACUUACUCCCUUUACACUGUUAGAGUAUAUGGGUAUGUUAAGGAACACUUUUCAAUCAUAAUUAAUUACAAAUUUUAGAAGAAACGUACAUAUAAUGACUUAUAUCUUCUAUCAAAUAAUGUUCCCGCUGUGGCAAGCGCCUCGGACUACUGUUGUCCGCAUGCGCAAAGCUGUUAAGUAUCCCCAUCUUGAUAGGAAGCACUAUUUAACGGAACACCGGCUAAAGCUAGCUAGCCAGCUGCGGCUAGCAAUUGAAAGCUGUUUACUGUUAUCACCGGCCCAGGACCAUGUUAGCCAAACACAGCUACCCGCUACACUACCCCAACGCUAACUUAUCGUAUUUGUAACAGCUUCUUCUCAGACUUGUGCACGACCUGUGUGUCUUAUUUGUCUUAUCUCAUCCUCAGUCAACUGGAGGUAAAUGUCAGGACGUAAAACAGGCGGUGCACAUAUUUCUCCAACAUGCCAUGACUGGCUUGUCAAGCCAGGCUAGCUAACGUUAGCUCAAACUUUGACAUUGCCCACAUGCAGGCUAGUGUUGGAGGCCUGGUGCAGACUUAACAAGCUGUCAAAAAGACCGUUUCUUGCAUAUCCCGACUUCAAGUAAAAAGAGUCACUGUUGGGGUCGAAUUCAUUCUACAGUCUUAACAUCCCACCCCUUAAAUUAGCCUGUGAGAGUGAAUGAAUCGUGUAGCCUAACGUAGCAUUUCAGCUUUCAUUCUUCGGCUGAUACUUACACACAAAACAGUAUGCGUCUCUGGUCUUUUAUGGCUGACUGAGUUUGUUUUUAUGGGAUCACUUAAGCAGAUAUAGUGUAUGUAGGGAUGUAACAUCGGUCUUUUAGCAGGCGUACUGCACAUCGUCCUCAUUUAACAGAGAUCUUUUUGUCAAAUACAUCUUUAUUUUCAUCUGUUACAAAUGCAUACAAUGCCAAUGAAAGUGUUAGAUAUUUAUCUAGCUAGAUUCAACCAAACCUGUCCUGGCCUCUUUUGUUUUAAAAUAUCAUGAUUCACAUAAGAAUCUUGUGUGUCUGAUGAAGCAUUGGUGACUCAUAACUGUCCUUGAUUAUUCUGCAGAGCUGUUCCACUAGGUGUUGGACAUUUGGAUCAACAAAUCAGACCAGUUUUUCAUUGUCACGUGUAAAAAUUUGUGGAAUUCAUCUAGAUGCAUUUUGCAAUGAGUUAUGAUGAUUGAAGCCUGUUGAGACCAGUGAUGGAGCUUACAAUCAACCGAAGCGGCAUGUCAUUUCUUGUUGGUGUAUUUUUAACAUUGGCGUCUGGUGCUAGAACAUCUGCGGGUUUGACAGCUGCUCGGACUUAAAGUAAAAGGUGUUUGGAUCCCUAAUUCUCUCACUGCUCCUGUAAUCUGAAGUCAGUAUUUAUAUACAUGAUCUGCAGCCGUUCUUCGGGGACGUGUGCACACAAAUUUUUCACAAGUCUGCAUGUGCUAAAAGAAAAUCUACCCUUUUAGAAGUGCUGCUCUGGAUCUGCUCUGAGGUGUGAACAAUUUAACUUCAGUGUUGUGUGUUUUAAUUUUUGCAGGACCUGGAGGUGACAUGCAGUGGUGCUUCUCUCAGGUGAAAGGAGCCAUUGAUGACGACGUAGCUGAAGGUAUGAUCUCUGCUAAAACCUGGGUAUCCCUGUAGGCAUGGGCGGGCACAUAAAAAAACAUACCAAAGCAGUGGGGGUACAUUUGGUGCAUGAAGUGAGUGAUAAAAUAGCAGCUCAACCUCUCCUUCAUUUGUUCAAUUUCCACCUGCCAGAUGAUUUGGCUGUGCAGUGAUGUGACACUGUGACAACAUGAUAAGUCCUAAAGCUAACUACAUCAGCCCAUUGACUGUCUCACUUUCUGAUCAUCCUGCAGAAGAUUUAAGAGAAAGCAGAGUGCUUACCCUGUUAAACAUACAGGAAUUGAAGCACUCUUAUGUAAAAUAACUCCCUUUCCCGGGUCUGCAGUUGCACUUGUGUUUGUGUUAUUUUUGCACAACAUUUCUGCUGCUGCUGCACAUUUAAAUCUUUUUACUGGACUGUCAUUUAAAGGCUCUUAUUGCUACAGGAUGUAUUUGACACUGAGGUUCAUUACUGACCACUGAGCCCUUGUAAAGAUCAAUAUUUACUCCAACUGCAAAAGAGGGUCUAAAACUUUAUCAGCCACUGGGUGCUGCAUUGAUGAAGAGCUGCAGACGACAGGCGCCACCUGUGCUUUUUGCAUCGUGGUGCAGGACAGACAGGACAGAACUGUAGGGAGGUCCGCAGUCGAGCCUUUAUCAAGCCAGAAACCGGAUAACAGGCAUAGCCAUUGAAAGUGAAGGCUUUUCCAGACUCCACAGUAGUUUUUUGCUUUUGGGGGUCAAGAAUUUGAGGCGUCAUGAAGAGGGCAGUAUCUAUUUCCCCCUUGGUUUAGUGAAAGGUAAACAUUGGCCCCAUAAUAUAAGGUAUUUCAUCGUUAAUUUGUAUGUGCACAUUUGUUUGUCCAGCUAGUGCUGAACUUAACCGAGUGGUAUUGAGUUGUAUCACAAUCAAAUGUUAGUGCAUUGAUUUACCCAGUUAAAACAAAUGUAGUGUAAUACAACUGUCCUCCAGUAAAUCCCCCACAAAGGUCACAAAGGUCUGGGAAGGCAUUUCUCUCUCAUUGAUGUAAACUCCGCUGCACCAUCAGCGCCACAAACUACAUUCUAGUACACAAUCACAAAUCAACACCCCAUAGAGUUUUCCCCACACCAGAACAUUCGUAACUUUCACUGCUGAUACAUUGGGAGCUGAUUUUAAAAAAAAAUCUUAGUUAAAUGGGUUCAAGUAACAAUUUACUGUAGCACAGUCUGCAGAUGCUCUGUUGAGAAACUUUGAAGAAAGCAGAGAAUGAGAGAUGCUUCUUAGUAUCAAAUGAGGAGACCUCUAUCUCCUCAUUUUUUCCUUUCAUUGUGUCAUUUUGGGACGUCUAUGGAGCAGCUUUGCAUGAUCUGCAGCUUAAAAACUCUGAUCUUGUUCUGGUGUCUGUGAAAAAGCUCAUUUUGAGUUUAAGUCAGCCUCUGCCUGAAAGCUUCAAUGUGCCUGCUUUCCCAGUGUUAUAAAGUUAGACACAGCUUGUAGGUGUUACUUUUCACACAGCUUUGUAGUUAUGAAACAACCUAAAAGUGAUGCGUUUACAGAAAACAUCCAUGACAAGACAUUAGGGUUCAUGUUCGUGCCACUGUAGUCGUUGCGUCAUCUGUCGUCAUCAUGUUGCCUACAGUCUGUGGUUUCAAGCUUUUGUGGAAGGUCCAACAUUUCAGUAACUAUCGAGACACAAAUUCAACUUGUGCUUCCCUUUUUUUUUUUUUUUAAAUGAAGGAGUCAUCAAUGGAGUGGUGAGCAAAAACAGCCAUGUUGUGGUGGCUGUUGUACUGAAAACAGGAAACGUACCUCUGCUCUCUUGGAAAGAGACAAUAGCUGUGGCUUUUCUUCAUAACCUAAAGAACUCCCAAUACAAACUUUUCAAGAUAGACUGAAUCAACAAAGUAAUUAGAAGAGGAAAGUUGUGAAUGGACUUUGCAGGUGAAAUAAAUACUGGGUGGAUGCAUCCUUAAAUAUUGUUUUAACAGGUUGGCAGAAAGCUGACAUCAGGUUUAGGCCUUGUCUCAUGAAGUUGUCAAAUAGAGAUCCAAUUACACGUGUCCAAUGAAUACACCAGCACCCAUUUGUCUGUUUGGUGUGAAACUUAACAGAGAUGUAGAAUGGACAUUUAAAUUUUAACAAAUAUAUGGAUUACAUUACAGAUCUUCUUUUUUGUCCUUUUGAGGAGUAACACAUUGUCUUUUGUCUGGAAAGCCUCAGUACACCAUAAAGUCUUAAAGCUUGUUAGAGUGAUGGCUGUUAAUUUUUUGACUCUCUGUGUCAUCAAAAAGCCUCCUCCACAAGCUGUUUGCUCGAUGUUUUAUUCUUGGUCGGAGAUUAAAAUCAAGUAAGCAGGUGUGUCACAAGCCAGUGGUGUAGGUGUGUGUGUGUGGGUAAUGGUUACACUGUCAUUGUAAGGGAAGCACUGAGUCACGCUUCGUCUCUCUUUGAGAGAAUAUUAAGAAUAUUGAGUUUCUCCUCAUUGUGUUUUAUUGUGUCAGCCAAGUCAGAAAGUUACUAAAGCUCUUUAAUUUGGGUCCCCAAUAAAGGCACAGAAUCCUUUUCACUCCUGGGGCUCUGUAGGUGAUAAUGAUGGUAAUUUAGCUCAAUUGAAAGCCUGGUAAUCAUCCUUGAUUAGGUAACAAAUUUAUGCAUUAUAUAUUCAAAGAAUAAGUGACAUCCAUCAGCCUGUAAUAGUUGUUGCUUUUUGGAGAGAGCAGAGAGUUCUGUGUUCACACACACAAUGAGUAUUUCUCAUUGUUUUAUCUGGGCUAAAAUUUUGAAGUGGUGGACAAAAGUACAAGAUAACUGAUGAAUAAUGACAAACAUGUUACUACUCUUAUAGGGGACUCAGUUUAAAUGUGUCCUCUAAGGAAGCCAUGCAUGUGCCACCAUUGUAUUAUCCCCCUACACUGGGCCUCAGGCAGCACGAUGCACACAAAGACCUCCUACUACAACCUUUGGCAGCAUUCUCCUUCUGCCCCAGUGGCCAACAAAGGGUUAAGUAAGUGUGUAUGUGUGUGUGAGGGACAGAUUCAGUUUGUAAACCAACACACUGCUGCUGGCUGAAACUACAAUGCUGUCGCUGAGUAAGCGAGGAGGGAGAAACUAGGUUACUGAUCAUUUUUCAUCUGCUCUACAUGCUCUGACAUCUCUCUGCUUCUGCGGCCUACACGCUCACUCAUUCCUUCAGAUCUCUCCGAUUCCUGUUGAUAUUUCCAGGGUUACAUGGGGUGGACUGAGUGGUCCUGUUUAGUCUUAUGUACAGGAGAAGAGACUUGAAUCUCUUGUUUGCCGGCUGAAAGUAACUGUAUCUUGCAUGUAAGUUUGUGAAUGUCUCUAAUGUGGGGUUGUUGUUGUUUUCUUUUUGCAGCGGACAUCAUUUCCACUGUUGAGUUUAAUCACACAGGGGAGCUGCUGGCCACAGGAGACAAGGGCGGGCGCGUAGUCAUUUUCCAGCAGGAAAUAGAGGUACAGCUGCAAGUUUGUCCUUCUUUGAGUCUUUCCCUUCAUGUUUUCUUUUUGAGAAAAGAUCACCACCUGUGAACCAAUCAUUUAGGAAUCACUGGGUGAGUCACGAUACGACAUAAUUCAUUAUACAUGACCCACAACAAUGCUGCACCACUCAAUAGCUUGCAAGAUAAUCACACAAUCAUGCAUCACCAUAUUUGAGUAACCAAAGGAUUCAAAUCACCCCUUUUAAGAGGCAAAGUUCAGGGUCAAUGCUAUGAACCAGUGUGCUUUGGUAUUACCAAUGAGAUGAUGAGACCUUUAUUAACCCUUUCAUAGCUUAAAAACUCCAAGAAGACCAUCAGCCAGAAAUGUAACCACGUCUGUCUUGUUCUGCUUAAUGCCUGUAACUGCUACAGGGGGUAAUUGUCAUUACAGUGAAUUGUUACUCCUGCUUUGCAUGACUUGUGCCUAAAGUUGGGCUGUAGAGUCCACACUAGACAUCCACUCAAGGUAGUUGUUUGUAAACCAAGUUUUUUUUCUCAUGGUGUGGUUUAGGAGUAGACAGAUUAUUAGCCUAUUGGGGUUGAUAUUUGGUAUUUGGCCAAUUUUCCAUGUAAGCGUUUUCUUUUACCAAAUUCUGGUAGAAUUCAUAAAUUAAAAAUGCACUACUUUGUCUCAGCUGUGGGUGUGUCUGUCCCUCUUGGGUCUCUUUUAGCUUAUAAUCCUGUCCUUCCUAUUGUACUGCGAAUAACUGCUGGUACUCAAAUCUGAGCUCUUGUACAACUGGUUUAUACAUGCACAAACUUGACCAAGUGUACAGUUUUCAGAGACACAAUCUCACCAUUAUUGCUGUUGUGCAUAUUUAUUUGUAGUAAUUACUAAUGGAGUGUCCAAGUUUUUUGAAUGGCAGGUCCACAGGAUAAAUUUUACUGAGAUUUUCAUUCUUAAGGUCCUUUCACACCGGGACCGUUUUUGAUAUGCGAUUAUUUCAGAAGUCCAUAUUUUUUUCUAACCUGUAUCCUGUCAAUACAAGCGUUCACAUCAGCAUCGUUUUCCCGUUCUGUGAUAUUGCGGCAUUUAUUUUUUCGAAUCAUGGUCAAUUUUUUUAAAGUUUUGCAUACUGUGUGUCCACUUCUAACCAAUCAGAUUUUGUGUUGUUGUGACAUCAGAUUUACCGGUAUAUCCAACAUGGCCUACCGGCUGAUUGUUUACGUGUCGGAGAACAAAGUGCUUUUUGAUAAAAGACACAAAUAUCACAAAGAUAACGACCUGAAGGACAACUUGUUGAGAGUCAUAGUGUCGGCUCUCUCAUAUGACGAUAGUUUAUGUGCUUUAACAGUUUGCUAAACGUCUUUGUUUUAACUUUCAUCUGUGCUAACGUAAGCUAACGGUCAUUACCAUAGUUUCAUGUGCUUAUCUUAUCGCCUCUGAUUGGCUAUAAGUACCGACUGUUUGGCUUGAGCGUGUGAUGACGUUUCCAGUUUUUCUAGCCAAUCAGAGGCGAAGGAGGCGGGACUUUCCCCUGCAAGAGUCUUCCCCGGGGUGCGUAUUUUUUCCCCUGGAAAGUUGCAAAAUCGCAUCAGGCUUGAUGUGUAUAGUCAGGCGUGUCAAAAUUCUCCUCCGAAUAUUUCGUAAUUUCGCAUUCUAUAUUCGAGUCGGCCGCGGUUUGUAAGGACCUUUACUGUGAAAACUUCUCAGUUCAAAUAUUGAUUACCAGUUACUUGAGCUACUAUAAAUCAUGACAGAUAUCGACCCUGGAAAAACAGUAUCAGUCAACUCUAGUGUGGUUGUAACAAGGAAUAUCUUAACUAGAACAGGAGUAUGUCCAAACGAAGUAACUAAAACACUCUCCCAGAAGUCAUAUUUUCACUCCAUUUGGCUCUAAGAAACGUUUUUUUCUUUGUGGGGUGUUCGGUGAAGUGUUUAACAGCAAUGUAAAGAUGUGCACAAUGUGACAAAGGGUUAUGAAAGGGUGUCAAUAAUUACAUUCUUUUAACCACUGUACAACAUGACCCCAGCGUCUUCUCCAACCCGGUAACUUCCAUUUGUGACUCUCUCUUAAGUCAACAGCAGUACUCAAAGAGAACAUUAAAUAGUAGAGUAGGUGAAUGAAGUUGGCAGGGGAAUCUGUUUGUUUUAAUUCCAAAUGUCAGCGAUGACGCUUGUUUAUCGAUGAUUUUAUCACACUAGUCAGGACAAUGAUAUUGCCAAAUAGAUGUUUUGUAAUGAUAAAGGAGUUAAAAGCAGUCAUGCCACCAUUUCUUUUCUGACUAAUAAGAACAGCCAAUUCUUCUUUGAAAGAUCAAUGCGUACAUCAACUGUCAAACAAGAACCAAUCACUUUUAGCCUUUUCUUGUCUGACAUCCUCUGUUUCUAUCUUUGAUCCACUUUCCCCUGCAGAAUAAGAGCCAGCCUCAGUUCAGGAGUGAAUACAAUGUUUACAGCACUUUCCAGAGCCAUGAGCCCGAGUUUGACUACUUGAAGAGUUUGGAAAUCGAGGAAAAGAUCAACAAAAUUCGCUGGCUUCCUCAAAAAAAUGCUGCCCAGUUCCUGUUGUCAACUAACGGUAAGUCCGUCAUAUUAAUCAGCAAGAUAUUUGUGAACAACAAGCUUUAGUGGCUUUAAUUUGAAAUCCAGUUUGGUCCUAUUCACAGAAAACUAAUAGUGUCUUCUUUCUCCCCAAUAAUCGUAUUAAAGGUUAAUUUUAUGACGCAUGAAAUAGUCAGCUUUUUAUGAUGUGCUUAUGUUGUUUACAUUUUAAUUCUGAUUUCAACAGAUAAGACAAUCAAGUUGUGGAAAAUCAGUGAACGAGACAAAAGACCAGAGGGCUAUAAUCUCAAGGAGGAGGAUGGACGCUACAAAGACCCAAACACUAUCACGUCACUGCGGGUCAGUUCUGAAUCACUGAAAUAUUCGAACAAGUUAGAUACAUGGGGCAAAAUCUCAUCUUGUAAUGGUUUGACCAAACUAACAGGCAUCUCACAUGACUAGUUCAAUUAGAAUCUGUAACAUAAUGUGACCAAGAUGAACUGAAUCAAAAUGAGCUCAUUACUCAUAAUUCAUCAAAAAGGAGCAUACUUUCUAAAGGUUGUGUUUUGUGCCAAUAAGAGAAGGUAAUUAAAAGGUAGUUUGACCAAGCUCAUGUUGGCUCUGCAUGUGAAGACUGCUGUAAUGAUUUUUGUCUUUAUUUAUAAGACUGACAUAAGUUGUUGAAACGCAUGCAGACAGCCGUCAGUUCAUCAUUUCUUCUUUGAGUUUCACGUUCCUUUUUUUCCUUUUUGUCCUCCCUUAGGUACCAGUUUUAAUACCCAUGGACCUCAUGGUGGAAGCCAGUCCACGGAGGGUGUUUGCCAACGCUCACACCUACCAUAUCAACUCUAUCUCAGUCAACAGUGACAAUGAGACCUACCUGUCUGCGGACGACCUCCGCAUCAACCUGUGGCACCUCGAGAUCACUGACCGCAGUUUCAGUAUCCUUUAAAAAAUACACAAGCCUAUAUGGAAACGACAUUAUUAAAGAGGCUGGGAUCUAAAUAUGAGUUUGUCGCUACAAACUUUGGAUAGUGAGUCCAGAUGUGUUAACAGUGUUAAUGUGAGACUUCACACGAUAUGUGGUUUAUAUCAUCCUUUGUAAGUAAUGCUCUGUCUACCUUCAUCUGUACUUUCCAAAUUCAACAGCUGUGUUUUCUUUAGAGUAUCGUGUGGAAUCAAGUUUUGCUGAAGGAAUGCAUUUAUAACGUAACUGAUAGCAACUCAGGCAAGUGUCUCAAUCAUUAAGAGUUAGUUCCCCUGAACUAUUUGUCCUCCAGACAUCGUUGACAUUAAACCGGCCAACAUGGAGGAGCUGACAGAGGUGAUCACAGCAGCAGAGUUCCAUCCUCAUCAGUGUAACACGUUUGUGUACAGCAGCAGCAAAGGAACCAUCCGUCUCUGUGACAUGCGGGCCUCAGCGCUGUGUGAUAAGCACUCCAAAUGUAAGUACUACCUACUUUGGUCGCCGUGUAUCACCGUUCCUUUACUUAACCAGGUGGUUAAAGUGCUUUACCUACUCAGCUUAACCCCCUGAUUAUCGACUACUUUUCCAUGUAUCUCACUAAGCACUCGCAGUACAUUGCAGUAGAGAGGAGUUUAAUGUUUCACCUAAUCAAGUAUGCACAUGAUUUUCUUUUUACAAACUUUCAUCAGUAAAAAAUAAAGAAUAUCAGAAGAUUUUGAUGCAGUUGAGAUAUAAAGGAACCACAUUGUUCAAUUCUAUAUAAAACGUCUAUUUUUUGCUAGAUUCAGCCUUCAAUGGUGGCUCUGAGAACCAGACUCUUAACUGUGUGUGUGGUGUAGACACUUUAAGUAACACUCAGCAGGACACAGAUCCCAUUAACAGUCCAGUUGUGAGACUGUGACAUUAGACAGCCCUGCUGAAAGGUGUUGGGCACCGGCAUAAUUGAGCAUUUAUCGUCGACCUUUGUGUCAGUGUUCUCGUGGUGCAUCAGCUUGGUCUGCUCAGACUUUGCAUCUAUCUGCAGGAAGGAAUAUUUUUGAUGUUGUUUUGAUUCUGGGACAUAUGGACCCAUCGUAUCACAAUCUCUUUUCAUUUCUUAUCUGUUAACUUCAGAUCCACAAAGUAAAUCUGUAUUCUGCCGCAUCCCAAAGGUGGUGGUAACUGAGCCGACGGGUGAAGUUAUUAAUUUUAACUGGAACAAGUCUAGUCAGGUCUCUGUUUUGACCUCUGCCUUUAACGAGACGUGACACUCACUGAAAAGUUUCACUCUUUCACAGCCCUGAUUUUCAGUGGCUGUGCAGAUAAAUCUAGUGGGUUGUUUGUGUCAGAAUCCUCACAGAGCUUGUUUAAAUGUGGUGCGGCUGUUUGUAAUCAAGACCUCAAAAUCGGCACCUUUCCGAGCGUCACUUUUUAUUCAACUGCCCUCUGUCGCCAUGUAUAUCUUUCUAAACUCAUUGCGUAUCUUCCACCCUAUGAAGUAAAUAUUUGCAUAAAUGCACGUUAAAGAGGUGAUCCCAGUCUGGCCUCACUAUUGCAGAAACACCUAUUAAACUGCAGUGUAAACAGGCAAAGCUUUGCUCACUAUUCUGUGUCAAUAAAGACUUCAAGUAUUACUCAACAGCCACCCAGGAUAAGGAAGCACCACACCUUUCUUUCCUUAAAAGUAUUCAGUCUCCUUGCCUUUUCACUUUUCCCCCCUGAAAAUAGUUUGUACAGAAUAUCCGACCACUACUACUUCUCAUCAAACUAAGAGGAGGAUGUUACAACAACUACUUGUGUUUUUGCAGUCUAUGGAACUAAAACAACUUGUCAUGUUGACCUCCCUGUCAGCUUCGUUGUGCUCUCUUUUCUUCUCGGCUGAAGUUAUUUGUAGAAGCUUUGUUUCCUUUUUGCUCACCUCUGUUUUACUCUUACUGUUUCCUUUGUCCUGUCCAGUGUUUGAGGAGCCAGAAGAUCCUAGUAAUCGCUCUUUCUUCUCCGAGAUCAUAUCAUCAAUCUCAGAUGUCAAGUUUAGCCACAAUGGACGCUACAUGAUGACCAGAGACUACUUGUCUGUGAAGAUUUGGGAUCUAAACAUGGAGAAUAGACCAGUGGAGACUUAUCAGGUGAGAAGAGCAGCUGUGGCCGCAGAAUCCACGAAGAGCAGAGCAGCAGGUGUAGUCUAAAAAACACUUUCAAUGAAAGUAAAAGUCCAGCAGCCUUUCCUUUGUCUUUAUCUGCAGUUUCUUAAUAAUUGAAGUACAUACCAACUGGAUUGGGACGUGACUUUUAAUCAGGGCCUGAGGUCUUAGAUACAGAGCAAGGAGCUUCUAGGAAUGAGAGGAAUUAUCGUUGUUAUAAUUACUUUUCAUUGUCCAAAUUAAUUGCAAAUUUGGUGCCUUUCAAUUGCCUCAAAACUCAACAAACUUUGCAAAUGCAUUAGAAAAAGUAAGAAAAGAAAAAGGAAAUUGAAAUGUGUCAAAUAAGGCUGUUCAUGGGGCGCCUGCUCUACCAGCUUUUUUUUUACCAGCUUCAUUUCUUUUUACACUGAACAUGACAGAGCUCUUUAUUCUUAAUUUGAAUCCAUUUGGGCAGAUAAUCUGGGGUUAUUCAAUGAAAGAUAUUUUAUUUUUGGUUACAUUUUGAUCUAAUUGUGGUUAAAGCUGAAAGAUUGUGACAGAUCGAGCAGCCACACCUUUGUUUAGUCAUGCAGUUACAUAUAUUGGCCACUAAGGGGCGCCAAAAAGUUUUCAUUUGAGCUAGAGAAGACUUGCUGUCCAGUGGCUCUUUGCAUGAUGAGCAUGAUAGUAGCUGGAUGAGUAAGUCUUAGCUUGUAACUAUCAAUAAAUCCAAAUCCAUAGUUGUGACAAAGGUCAGUCAAAGGGAAGAUUUGAGUCUUAAAAGCCCUUCAAACCUUUUAUCAUUACAGGUCCAUGAGUAUCUGAGGAGCAAGCUGUGCUCGCUCUAUGAAAAUGACUGCAUCUUUGACAAGUUUGAAUGCUGCUGGAAUGGCAAUGACAGGUGAGUUAAAAGACCAGAUGUCACAACUACUUAUAAAGAGGCUUAAAAGCAGCGUGUUUUCCAUUGGUGUCUACCAUAUUUGAGCUAAAGCUUCACCACUCUCCUAAUUUCCCCCUCAGUGUGGUAAUGACAGGAUCAUACAACAACUUCUUCCGGAUGUUUGACCGUGGUCAGAGGCGGGAUGUGACUCUGGAGGCAUCCCGUGAAAACAGCAAGCCCUUGCAGGUCCUAAAGCCCCGCAAAGUGUGUGCAGGGGGCAAGCGCAAGAAGGAUGAAAUCAGCGUGGAUAGUUUGGACUUCAACAAGAAGAUCCUUCACACUGCCUGGCAUCCCCAGGACAACAUCAUUGCGGUGGCAACGACCAACAACCUCUACAUAUUCCAGGAUAAAGUGAACUAAGUACAGGGUGAGCUUAUGUGAGAUCUGGCGUGGGUGACUUCAUGUGUACCACCUGCAGCCUUUCAGGCUCAUCCAGGGUGAUCUGUGGUAACCACGACAACCAGCAUCCCUGUACGUUGCUACUGGGUGACCAGACUUUGCCACUUUGUUCUAGAUGUGGACAGAGAAAGCCUCGCUCUUGCCCAUCAUCGGCCUGUCUGUGGCAGAGAAACACCCGCCUUGUUGUUUAAGUAAUGUCGUGCCAAUUUUUUCCCCCCAACGAUUUUGCCCUAGUUUUAUUUUGCAUUGCAAGGCCACCUGCCCUUUCCUUCCCCCAGGGUAACAUGGGUAAAGCAGUUUGAUUUCCUUAAGAUUCUGAAUACAGACACACUUAUUUUUAUAACUUUUUUUCCCUCUGUGAUAGAAAAUAAAAAACCAACACUUAUUUAGUUUUUCCCCUUAUUGUCCUGUGCCAUUCUAGUGUUUAUUUUUCUAAGAAAAACAUUUGUUUGUGUGUACACCUUUUAUUAAUACAUCUGUCAUACUGUCAUGGUAUUCUUUGAGUCGCCUCACAUCUCCUCUCUUUAAUUAAACCAUGCCGACUCAGCGGUCACAAAUACAUUCACACAGUUAUCUGAAAACAUAUGUGGCUCAGACUAGACGGGCACACGUCAGCUGUUACUUCCAGGAGUUUGAGAAUUAGCGUUAUUUUACAGAUUAAAAGCCUGGCCUAUUGGGGAGUUCUCUGACUCACUGUCGCUGUGCCUCAGGCUCCGGGUGCUCAAAAAGGUCCUCCUGAUACAGGAUUUUUUACUUUUGAUUGGCUCUGUCUUUACAUCUUCCGUUCAUCGGUUCCUCUUUUUCCUUUUCUUUGUGUUCAACAAUAGUCAGGUAUAAGAGAUAGCCUAUUCAAAGAGAAUAAUUAUGAUUGUCAUAUUUAUAUUAAAAAAAGAGAAAUGUCACCAGAUUUGUUCCGUCCUAUUUUGUGAAAUGAAGCUAGACCUUGGACAUAACUUUUUAUGUGUCAUCUAAAGUAUUGUCUUCCCAUGGUGUACCACAUCUUUGAAGCAGCACUUCACAACAGGGAAAAACCUUUUGAUUUGACACUGGACUCUCUUACUGCACCAACUAAAGUACUUGGAUGUGUUGAAAGACUGCAGCUUAAAAGAAAACAUUAUUUGAGGCAUUAAUCACUUAAAGUGUUUGUUGAAACUACUGCAGACAUUAUAAAUGCUACUGUAUGUGAUGGUACAAUAAACUGCAAAACUGAAUUGCAGCAGUUGAUGUUCCCACACCGUAUUUAAAAUGUGGUCCGUUAAGACUCUAUUGAUGCCUCUAGUAAUGUAUAACUACAAUUUUAAUCUAUGACAGUGAAGAUAAUAAAGGAACUACUUUUUGCAUCCUUG